AUGGAAAUCCAGACAUCUUUCUUCGUUUCCAUUUUCCUUGUAUUGUUAUCCUUAUGUUUCAUAACAAUCGAAGGGUACAACAAAUAUGCAAACAGUAAGCAGAAAUUGCCACCAGGGCCGAGGAAGCUCCCACUGAUAGGGAACUUGCAUCAACUGCUCUGCCUCGGAUCAUCAGAGUUCCAACCACAUGUUGCUCUGAGUAAAUUAGCAGCUAAAUACGGGCCUUUGAUGCACCUAAAGCUCGGUCAACGUUUGGUUCUUGUCGUUUCGUCUGCUGAAGUUUCCAAACAAUUUUUCAAAACACAUGAUCUCACUUUCUCUAACCGGCCAGAGCUUUUCGUUGGGAAGAUAAUGAUGUACGGUUUUUCUGAUAUGGCAUUCGCUCCAUAUGGUGACUUCUGGAGACAGAUGCGAAAAAUUUGUAACUCGGAACUCCUUGGUCUGAAGAGGAUCCACUCGUUUUUUCCCAUGAUGUUUGACGAGGUGCGUGAUCUUGUUAAGUCAAUUGCAGCUGCAGAAGUAGGGAAACCCAUUGACUUGAAUGAAAGACUGAGUCUGUUGCAAUUUGCUAUCACUUGUAAAGCUGCUGUUGGUAGGACGGCAUGUACAGAUCAGGAGUCAUUUUUAAUGGUAAUGAAAGAAUUCGUAAGCUUAGCGGGAAUAUUCAGCGCAGCCGAUCUAUAUCCUUCCUGGAAAAUAGUUCAAUUAAUUAGUGGCCUAAAGCGAAAAUUAACGAAAAUGCAUCAUAAGGCUGAUCAUAUUGUUGAACAAAUUAUACGUGAACAUGAAUUGAAGAGAUCAGGAAGUACUGAUGGUGAUGGCAAGCAAAUAGAGGAAGAUAUCGUGGAUGUACUUCUGAAACUAAAGGAGAGCAAAGAUUUUCCGAUUCCUAUCACUAGAAAUGUUAUCAAAGCUACAGUCUUGACUGCUCAGGAACCUGCUCCUCUUGUCGGGAAAACAUCAAAGAAAGCAGUUUAUAUGAAACAAAAGAAGGUUCUAUCUGAAAAAGAUGAUGAAGAAGGUGAAGAUGGAAAUGUGGAGAAGGAGAGAGUAGAAAAAAGAGAAGCCUCUCAGAAAGAGGCCAAGUGA